AUGUCGGCCUCGAAGAAGCUAGCAGAGUUCCCUGAUGUCGAAGCGAAGCUCCAGAAACCAACCAAGAAGUCCGCAUUCGAGCGGCAGAGAGCCGAAGCCGAAGAAAAGAGGAGGAGGGAAGCCGCCGAGACAGCAGCCGUCUACGAGGACUUUGUCAAAAGCUUUGACCGCGACGACGAUGGGCCCAAUUACAAUUCGCCUCGAGGUGGCGGGCGCCCUCCGCAUCCGAGCCGAUUCGAACGGCCUGUAGGUCCGCCGACUCUUGGAGGCGCAGGAGGCAAGAGGCACUUUGGGAUACCAUCAACACCGUCGGGUCUAAAGAGCGGACCGGGUAGUCUGGGCCCUGCCCCGACCAGCUUUGCGAAGAAGAGGAACUUUGACGGCUUCAAGGACCGCUCCGAGAGCAGAGGGCGCCCCGGCAAUGACGACCAUGAGCCGCUGUCUGUUUCAAAGGCGUUCAAUACUAGCGAUGACGAGGGCGAAGCUACUGUGGCGGAGCGCGCUGAGGAGAAGGCUUUGGCGAGACCGACGCUGCGGAUGGCGAAUCUGCCGCCCGGGACGUCUCCAUCGUUUGUCAAGACUCUUGUGGCAGCCAGCCUCACGGUAGAAGACGUCAAGAUGCUCCCGCCUAGUGGGUCGGUCAGCCAGGCCCGGAAGUCCCUUACCGCCAUCAUCACUCUCUCCGCCGAGACAGCGGCGACAGACAUAGACGCUACUGUCAGCGCCCUGCAACACCGCUAUUUGGGCUACGGCUAUUAUCUUUCUCUUCAUAGACAUCUGUCAUCGGCCGCCAUCACUGGUGGCCUUGCCGAUAUCAACAGCCACUCGUCUACGUCCCAGCCUUUUGGCGCGAAGCGUGUGGAUCCAGGAGCAAAGGUGCACAGCUCAGUUCCCCAUGGCCAUGGCAGGGCUUUUGCACCUCCCACUUCGUUCGAUCCAAUGAUGGGGGCCGGCUUCAACCGGGCAGACAUCUUCCAUGUGCCUGUGCAGCCCCCCAGAGACGUCAAGCAGUUGAGAAUGAUACACAAAACAAUCGAGGGUGUUCUGGAACAUGGCCCCGAGUUUGAGGCGCUUCUCAUGUCACGGCCCGAUGUACAGAAAGACGAGAAGUGGGCUUGGAUAUGGGACGCUCGCAGCAAAGGCGGUGUCUGGUAUCGAUAUCGUCUCUGGGAGAUCAUCACCGGGUGGAAGCGGACUCGGGGUCAGAAGCGGUUCGUGCCGCUAUUUGAGGGCAGCCAUGCCUGGAAGGUCCCCGAACAACCCCUUUCCUUUGAGUUCACUACCGUGGUCGACGAGUUUGUCUCUGAUUCGGAGUACAACUCCUCAGACGAGGAAGAUUACGAAGACGAGAUCAAGAAGCAGCAGGAGCCCGGUAGCACCGACCAGGAAGAGAAACUCCUCAAUCCGAUCGAGAAGUCGAAGCUCACGCACCUCCUCGCUAAGCUACCGACCAGCCUUUCAAAGCUCAGAAAAGGAGACAUCGCACGGGUGACUGCAUUCGCCCUUACCCAUACCAGCAGGGGGUCAGACGAGGUUGCGGAGUUGAUCGUAUCGAACCUGGAGCGGCCCUUUUCUCACACCUUGGCCAACCCGGACUACAAGCCAAAUGACAAGGACAAACCUGCGGACGGUUCGCGGACCUCCACGCCCCCCGCCGCUGAAGAGAAAGCUGCCAACGAGCGCGACACGAGUGCCUCUAUGCUCGUCGCAUUGUACGUCAUCAGUGAUAUCUUGGCUUCCUCGUCGACCAGUGGCAUCCGGCACGCAUGGCGGUACCGGCAGCUGUUCGAGGCAGUCCUGAAGGACCGCAAAGUAUUCGAGGGGCUGGGCGUCAUGCCCGAGAAGAUGGGGUGGGGUCGACUACGGGCUGAGAAGUGGAAGAGAAGCAUCGGGCUGGUCUUGAGCUUGUGGGAGGGCUGGUCAGUGUUCCCGGUCGAGUCGCAACACUCCUUCGUCAGCAGCUUCGAGAACCCGCCCUCGCUCAAGAAGGAAGAGGAAGUGGAGAAGCCCGAGGAGGAAGCCAAACAGGGCGGCAAGUGGAAGACCGUCGAAGCUCUGCCAACCAGCAAAGCCGGCGAGUCUGGCUUUAGACCCGCCCAGACAGACAAGGCGGCGGGCAGAACUGCCGAUGGCGAGGAAUCUAUCGCUACGCCUGAUGCUACGGACGACGACGAGGCGUAUUCCGAGUACACGGAUGACGAGGAGCUGGACCUGGCGUGCCUCGAGGAAGAGGACAUUGAUGGAGAGCCGUUUCUAGCCGGAGAUCUCGAAGGCUUGUCCAUUGACCCCGACGUAGAGAUGGGUAGCGACGGGGCAGGUGGCGGGCCAGAAGUGAAGUCGGUUGGCGGCAUACAGCUGUCCUCUGCCACCCUGGCGCCCACCAGGAGGCGGCCGCGCGCUGUGGACAUGUUUGCAGACUCUGGCUCCGAGGACGGGAAAUGA